GCGCCCCGCCAUCUGGGGGGCAUGUCUUACAAACCAAACUUGACCGCACACAUGCCCGCUGUCUCCCUCAAUGCCACUGGGAGUGUCCACCCGCCUUCCACCAACAUGGCGAUGUCCUCCCAGUACUGCCAGCUGCUGAGUGACUACAGACCACCAUCUCUAGGCUACCCUCAGGGAACAGGGAACAGCCAAGUGCCCCAGAGCAAAUAUGCUGAGCUGCUGGCCAUCAUCAAAGAGCUGGGGAAGGAGAUCCGACCCACUUACACGGGCAGCAAGAGCGUGAUGGAGAGACUAAAAGGAGGCCUCAUCCACACGAGAGGGCUGGUUCGGGAGUGCUUGGCCGAGACAGAGCAGAAUGCCAGGUCCUAG